GUGAUACCAAAGCAGAAGUUUUUAUUCGGAUAAACUGGGAACUGACUGCUACUAAUUUCUAUGAAACAAUGAGCAAGAAAGACUCCAAGGAUUCUCAUGCCAGAGUGUGCCUUAGUCGACUUACUAGAAUUUUGGAGAUCACCAUGCUUGAAGAAUUACAACAACUUGAACACACGGGGGAUGUCGCGAGAAAUCUGGAGAUCGAAAGUAAUUCGGAACCUGCACAGAAAAGUUUUUUCUACAAAUCAUCGGAAAAGAUAAACAAGAUCAUCAGCAGAAGAGGGAGUCAUAAAAUAUUUGGCCAUUCACUAACAGAGGAAGCUGUUCUCAGAAUCUCAACUCUUAUAAAUUACUUAAAGUCAUAUGUGGACAAGGAGGGGUUGUUUAGAGUUUCUGGCAACAAGAAAAGACAAGAGGAACUAAAAGAAAUACUUGACAAAGAAGACCCAGUUAACUUUGAAAAUGGAAGAUUCACUCCACAUGAUGUAGCAUCUGUUCUUAAAAUCUUCCUUGGAGAUCUCCCAGAACCUCUUCUGACAAAUGCUCCUUUGGAUGCUUACUUACAAAUCACAGAGAUCCGUAAUGAUGAAUCCAGUGCUAAGAUGAUUGAAGCAUUCCAGCUUCUCUUCUUGUUGGUGCCACCUCCAAAUAGAAUGCUGUUACAGCAGUUAUUGGAACUCCUUAAUCUUACCUCUAAGAAUCCUUACAAUAAAAUGACAGCCCACAACCUUGCUGUGGUUUUUUCACCCAACAUUAUGGGCUUCAAAGAGAAAGUGACAUGCUUGAGUCACAUUCCAGAAGACAUGACAGUUAUGCACAAGUUGGUUGCCUCCAUGAUUCAUCAUGCUUCUGAACUUUUCAAGAUUCCCAAAGGUCUGUUGGAGGAGAUUGAAGCAGCAGAGGAGUGUUUUAAAAAGGAGGAACUGCCAGUUACUCGCACAUUUUGUCAGCAAAUGGACCGAUCAUCUCAUAAACAAGCUGUCCAACAAACUACAACAGAUGCUUUGGUGCAACUCUACAAUCAUGUCAUUGACCUUCCUGAUGGACCUGUUAGGCAGAAGUUCUUACAAAGG